UUUAUGUUUUGUAUUUCAGGUUAUGAAGAGAAAGAUAUUUAUGUCUGUGAAUCCCGGUAUAGUACUAGGUUAAGAAGCUUUAAAAAAAUUAAAAUAUAUCCCGAGAAUCCAACGUUAAAGUUGGUUCCGAGGGAAGAACCUCUUCAACCGAAGAGGGUUAUGUCUGUGUUCCGUGAACGCGUUGAGAAACAUAAAGAUGAACUCCAAGAGUUGGAAGAUUUAGAAAAAUUAGAGGAGAGAGAUAAACCAAAUGUUGUGGCUUUUCACAGUAUGGACAUAGAUGAUGGAAACACGUACUACGAACAGUUCAACACGAUAUGUUCCGGGGUGGUUAAAACGGGUGAUUAUGUAUAUGUAGUAGCGGAGGGUGGUAAACAAAUUAUAGCGCAAAUCGACAGUAUUUGGGAGACCAAGGAUGGCAAAUGUUACUUUCGGGGGCCAUGGUUCAUAACGCCUUCGGAAAUUCCUCAUUCACCGAACAGGUUGUUUUACAAGCAGGAGGUGUUCCUGUCGAGUUUGGAGGACGCCAAUCCGAUAGUCAGUAUUAUAGGGAAGUGUUCAGUACUGGAAGUGAACGAUUUCAUCACAU